UGAUUUGUAAAUUUUCGUUUUCUUAUUUUUUUGCAGUCAUGUGUGUUUUAAGUUGAUUUAGUUUUGAUGCUCUCGUCGGGGAAACAAUGUGGUGCUUUUACGCUGCAGUUGUUCAUUUGUGGGUCGUCAUAGUCACAGAAGGAAAAGCAGUUCCUUCACUUCCAGAUUUUGGGAACACUUACCAUGUCAAAGGAGUGAUAUCUCUGCCUUACGCUGAGAUCAUUGAGCCAUUCGAGUCCUGGUUCGACCUCAAAGCGAAGUCCAGUCGGCUUGAUUAUUACAAUGGUCAAGUCUCAACCUACCAGCUGGCGGCGGACCAGGUGUAUGGCACCUCCUACAAAAUCUCUCCUGAAACCACUGAGGAGGAGUUGAAUGUGAUUAAAUGCUUUCAGGUCAACGGGACAAAAAACAACCCCAUUAAGCCGCAGGGGUCGUUGCCAGAUGUUCAGGGCUUCCAGUUCUUAAACAUGGAGUACUUCAGAGGUUCCCUGUGUGAGGUUUGGCAAAACGUGACCACUGUGGGCUACAAGAAGAACACGUACACACUGUGGGUGGCUCACUCACAGCAGGGUGCAGCGUCUGCCACGCCUGUCCAUUAUGAGAUGAUGGGAUACAACACACUGCUGGGCUCCCACUAUGACAAAUAUCUGGUGGACUACGAGGAGUACAGCCCUCAUGUGGACCCCAGUGUCUUUAAUCUGCCUGAAGGGAUGACCUGUGGAGAAUUUCCUGGUCCAGGAGUGGAGCACCACCUGCUAGCCAAUCCAAUGAAAGAACUCAUUCACACCUCUGCCGCCGGCCAUACGCAAGAUGUGUUCAACCAUUUCAAAGAGAAGUUCCAACGCCACUACCGUGAUGAAAUGGAGCAUGAGAUGAGGGAGCACGCGUUUGUUCAUAACCUCCGGUAUGUCCAUUCCAAGAAUAGAGCUGGCCUGCCCUAUGCUCUUACUCUGAACUCUCUGUCCGACCUCACUAUGCCUGAGCUGGCCACCGUGAGAGGGAGGAAACGUGUAACGACCCCAAACAGAGGGCUUCCUUUCCGUUCAGAACUGUACUCAAGGGUGAAGGUACCGGACUCGUUUGACUGGAGGCUUUACGGCGCAGUGACUCCCGUGAAGGACCAGGCCAUCUGUGGCUCCUGCUGGAGCUUUUCCACCACUGGGUCAAUAGAGGGCGCUCUCUUUCUGAAGACGGGCUCGCUCCAGGUUCUGUCCCAACAGAUGCUGGUGGACUGUACCUGGGGUUUUGGGAAUGACGGCUGUGAUGGAGGGGAACAGUGGAGAGCCUAUGAGUGGAUCAUGAAGCAUGGAGGCAUCGCCACCAGAGAAACCUAUGGAGCCUAUAGAGGAAUGAAUGGACUCUGCCACGUGAACUCUUCCCAACUUGUUGCCAGAAUCGAGAGCUACACAAAUGUCACUUCAGGCGACGCAGAGGCCCUUAAGAUGGCAAUCUUCAAAAAAGGUCCAGUAGCCGUUAGCAUUGACGCUUCUCAUCGAUCGUUCGUCUUCUACAGCCACGGCGUUUACUACGAACCUGCUUGCGGUAACACCAUGAAGGACUUGGAUCACGCCGUGCUUGCGGUGGGAUACGGCACCAUGAAAGGGGAGCCGUAUUGGUUGAUAAAGAACUCAUGGUCCACCUACUGGGGGAAUGACGGCUACAUCCUCAUGUCUAUGAAGGAUAACAACUGUGGCGUCACCACUGACCCCUCAUAUGUUACAUUGGCAUAACUGUGGCAUGCGCUUUGUCUGUACCACUGCACGUCCCUGGGGCGAAGAGUUAACUGUCAUUUUAUCAUGUUGUGCUCAUCGAUUAUUGUCUUUAAAUGUUUUUGAAUGGCUUGUGAUAUUAAAAUGCUUCAAUUUUGCGUG